CUUCAACUAAGUCAGCCGGAUGCCGCCCUCCUGUGCGAGUAAACAUCACAAAGCACUCCGCGUCCAAAUCCUCGAUAUUCCUCUCAGCGAUAAGUUUGUAUCGAAAAUAGCACACCUCCAAGAUCCUCUACUACAGUGCGUGACCUUGCAACCUCUGCAACCACCGGGUCCAGCAGUCGCUCUCUCCACACCUAGUCCUUCCAAUUUCCUUCCCUUCGUUCUGCAUCCCCACCACCCGCAGAGCCGCCCGUCCUACACACAAUCUCAGCUGCUAAAGUACCCAUGUACCCGGUGAACCUACCUAACAAGCCGUAUCCUCUACCAUGCCUAAAGUAGAAGGUACCUCUCCCAGAAAAAGACCACAAAUCCACAAUAAUGACUAUUAAUACAAACUACAUCGAGCGGAGAAAUGACAGCUAAUAUCUCCCACUCAAG